CAACAGGAUUAUAAUUAAUUUUUAAGAAAACUAUUAAAAAACUUUGCUCAUUGUUCACAUUAAGUUUUACUAAAUUCUCUAGACAUAAAAAAUAAUCAUUCUUAUUUUUUGGCCUAACUGAGAAAUAAUACUCGUAUUUUAGUCCAACUUGCUAGGCGGAAGGGAUUAAGCUGUUUCGAAAAAAAAAAGAAAAAUCUAAUAUUUGCAUGCGUGGGUAGGUGAGGGGGGCCCACUGGACAUGGUUCUCGGUUCUUAACGUCAAAUAAAUACAAACAUUUGAAUGUGCCGUGCUUGACUGCUGAGUUGCUCCCUCGUGUCUUCUUUACUGAUUACUGAGUUACCGAAUCUCUUAUCAAAGUCGAGCUUCCCUUAUCACUUCCAAUCUCCCUCUAUAAAAAUCUCCUUCCUUUCAGCACUUUAAACUUUGUUUCACUCUUUUUUUCAUUAUUUAAAUACCCAGUUUUCAACCCCCAAAUCCCAAGCUUCGACGGCGAUGGAAGUAGUUGCUUCUGCUCCAGGGAAGGUGUUGCUCACUGGGGGGUACCUAAUUUUGGAGAGGCCAAAUGCUGGGAUUGUUCUGAGUACAAAUGCACGUUUUUAUGCUAUUGUGAAGCCAAUUUAUGAAGAUUUCAAGCCUGAAAGCUGGGCAUGGGCAUGGACUGAUGUCAAACUAACUUCUCCUCAGCUUUCCCGAGAAAGCAUGUACAAACUGUCUCUGAAACAUUUAACACUUCAGUGUGUAUCUUCAAGUGAAUCAAGGAACCCUUUUGUAGAAAAUGCAAUUCAAUAUGCUGUAGCUGCUGCUCAUGCAGUGCUUGACAAGAAUAAGAAGGAUGCAUUAGACAAACUACUCUUACAAGGUCUUGAAAUCACAAUCUUAGGUUGCAAUGACUUUUACUCAUAUAGGAAUCAGAUCGAAGCACGUGGACUUCCUUUGACACCAGAAGCAUUGGCUGCUCUACCACCUUUUACAUCAAUUACUUUCAAUGCUGGGGAAUCAAAUGGAGGAAAUUGUAAACCUGAAGUUGCAAAAACUGGAUUGGGUUCAUCUGCAGCGAUGACAACAGCUGCAGUUGCUGCUUUACUUCAUUACCUUGGUGUUGUUAACCUUUCCGCCUUCUCUGAAGAUCCACACCAACAAAAUAAAGAUUCCAUGGAUCUCGAUGUCGUACAUAUGAUAGCUCAAAGUGCUCAUUGUGUUGCCCAAGGAAAAGUUGGCAGUGGCUUCGAUGUGAGUUCUGCAGUCUAUGGGAGUCAGCGUUAUGUUCGUUUCUCACCAAAAGUGCUUUCUGCUGCCCAGGCUGCAGUGGAAGGAAUGUCAUUGGAGGAAGUCAUUGGCAACAUUCUAAAUGGAGAAUGGGACCAUGAGAGAACUGAAUUCUCUUUGCCACCAUUAAUGACACUUUUACUAGGAGAACCUGGAACUGGUGGAUCAUCAACACCAUCAAUGGUAGGUGCUGUUAAAAAAUGGCUGAAGGAUGAUCCUGAAAAAUCCCAAGAAACAUGGAGAAAGCUGGCUGAGGCUAAUUCAGAACUGGAGACACAACUGAACAUGUUAAGCAAAUUAGCCAAAGAACAUUGGGAUGUCUACAAAUGUGUGAUUGAUAGCUGUAGCAGGCUUAAACCAGCAAAGUGGAUGGAGGGAGUUGCUGAGCCAGUCAAAGAUGAACUAGUUAAAGUAUUGCUGAAGGCAAGGGAGGCUAUGCUUGGGAUCAGAAAUCACAUAAGACAGAUGGGACAGGCAGCAGGCAUUCCGAUAGAACCGGAAUCACAGACUGAACUUUUGGAUGCUACUAUGAAUAUGGAAGGAGUUUUGUUGGCUGGGGUUCCUGGAGCAGGUGGAUUUGAUGCUAUUUUUGCUGUUGCCUUGGGGGAUUCUAGCAGCAAUGUGGCAAAUGCCUGGAGUUCACGCAAUGUUCUGGCCUUGUUAGUUAGGGAAGAUCCUCAAGGUGUUUCUCUAGAAAGUGGUGAUCCCCGAAGCUGGGAAAUUACAUCUGCAGUUUCUUCAAUCCACAUCAAGUGAACUUGAUUUCUAUUUUGUAUUUGAUGAGUUAGGACUGCCGUUUUAAGAUAUGGUGGAAAAGGUGUUUUACUAGAGCAAUUUUACUGUGUUUUGGAUAUUGCUUUAAUUUGGGAAGGAUUUCAAAUCAAAAGACAAAGCCUCCCCCUGGGAAGAAUCAACUCUUGUACAUUUAAGUUCCUUGAGUUCCAUACAAUAAGAAAAAUAUGCACUUUACACAAUUGGUUAGGGUU